AUCGGUAUCGGCCGAUCUCACUCAUGGAAGAUGGGAGCAUCGCUGAUUUAUUACUUAUAUAUAUAAAGUACACACAAAACCUUCAAAUAGACGUCAAGGUAGGUUGAAGGUAUGUAUUUUAAAGAUACAAAGUAUCUUCAAGAUACCUUUACAAGUGCAAACAAAAUCCAAAAAUAGAUGGCACGAGAGCCCUGUGAUUUUCGUCAGCAAAGAAAGGUAACGGUCAAACAAAUUUGACGAGUGCCUGUGAGCGCAGACGUAUUUUAAGGAUGGAAAAAAUAAUUUGUUGCUGCCAUCUACUGGAACGACUAAGGGAUUUGUUGAUGUUUUGUUUGAGUGUCUGGAAUUGUAUUUCGAAAUAUGUAUUUCGGACAUACUUCACGUUCCAUAGGAGUAAACUGAGCAGUGUUGUUAAGAUGACUCGUGUUAUGCCGACUCGUGCCGUUAUUGACCGAAUUUAGCUGACCACUUCCGGAUGACAGAGCUGGGCCGAGCAGUAGCAGAAGCCGCCACUAGAGGCCUUUCCGCCGGCUGUCGGCACGGCUGCUUGUGUUUUGGUUAGCUAAUCUGGUGGGUCUGUUGGAGCGGUAAUGGCUCACUCGUAAGGCUGGGGGGAGUUUAUAUUUGCUGUGUAAACAUCGGGUCGAGCGCUGUGCAGCCAUGGCGGGGGUCUUCGACAUCGACUUGGACCAACCGGAUGAGAAUGUGUCGGAUGACGAUCUUGAAGAUGCGGUCCAGUUCAGUGAAUACAUGGACCAGUGCAGUGGCUUUGAUUUGCAGGCCCCAGUCAGUCAGAGUCCACAACCGCACAUCCAGCUCAAGAAUUGUGAGCACUGGGACCCCACAGGGGUGUGUGCUGAGUCCACUCCUCUACACGCUCUUCACCUACGAUUGCGUGGCCUCCCAGAACAACACCAGCAUCAUUAAAUUUGCAGAUGACACUACAGUCAUCGGACUGAUCACUGGUGGUGUUGAAACAUCAUACAGAAGAGAGGUGGCGGACCUCAUAGCUUGGUGUCGUGAUAACAAUCUCCUUCUCAAUACAGAUAAGACUAAAGAGAUGAUCAUCGACCCAAGAACAAGGGAAAAGGAGCUGCAUAGACCCCUGUUUAUUGAUGAGACUGAGGUGGAGAGGGUGAAAACCUUCAAGUUCCUUGGCACACACAUCAGCGAGGACCUCACCUGGUCUCACAACACCCAACAAAUUCUGAAGAAGUCCCAAAGGAGACUGUACUUCCUGAGAAGACUGAGGAAAUUUGGCAUGCCCACCAAAAUCCUGAGUUGCUUCUACAGAUGCACUAUCGAAAGUGUCCUUACCGCCUCCAUCACUGUUUGGUACGGUAACUGUACAACACGUGAUAGGAAGGCACUCCAGCGGGUGAUCAAGACCUCACAGAACAUUGUUGGGGCAGCCCUCCCCACACUGCAAGACAUUUAUAAAUCUAGAGUCCUACGCAGAACACACAACCUCAUCAAGGACAGCACACAUCCACAACACUCACUAUUCACACUCCUACCGUCAGGCAGACGCUACAGGAGUUUGAAGUCCAGGACCACAAGGCUGGCAAACAGUUUUUACCCACAGGCCAUCAGGCUCCUCAACGAAGCACUCGCACACGCCGCACGCAACACACGCACACACUCAUAGCACUUUAUUUAUUUAUUUAUUUGUAUUAUUUACUUGUAUUAAUGUCUCGUCUGUUGUUGUUGCUUAAUUUAUUGGUAUAUAUGUUUAUGUGUUUAUGUUUCUUAUGUUCUUAUUCUUUCAUUUGUUUUCUUUCUUUUCUUGGGAGAAUGAACAGAAUAAGAUUUUCAUUGCAUGGUAUAACUGCUGUUUUACCAUGCACAUGACAAUAAAACUCUCUUGAAUCUUGAAUCUUGAAUCUUGAAUCGUACUGCUCAGUGCUAAUUGUGCUAAAAUGUGAUUUGUUCUUUAUUUUUGUUUUACCAGUAACAUGGAUGACUGUGAGAAGUUUGAAAUUUCAGAGAACAGCGUGAACAAGGGAACUGAGCAGAUUAGGCCUGAAUGCUUUGAGCUGCUGAAGGUUUUGGGAAAGGGUGGCUAUGGAAAGGUUUUUCAGGUUCGGAAGGUAUCCGGAACCACCUCCGGGAAGAUAUUUGCCAUGAAGGUUUUGAAGAAGGCCAUGAUUGUACGCAACGCAAAGGACACCGCACACACCAAAGCCGAGAGGAACAUUCUGGAGGAAGUGAAGCAUCCAUUUAUAGUGGAUCUCAUCUACGCCUUUCAGACGGGAGGGAAAUUAUACCUUAUUCUGGAGUAUCUCAGCGGUGGAGAGCUGUUUAUGCAACUGGAAAGAGAGGGCAUCUUUAUGGAGGACACAGCCUGUUUUUACUUGGCUGAGAUUUCAAUGGCGUUGGGCCACCUGCACCAGAAAGGCAUCAUCUACAGAGACCUGAAGCCUGAAAACAUCAUGCUCAACAAUAACGGACAUGUGAAGUUGACAGACUUUGGCCUCUGCAAAGAGUCCAUCCAUGACGGGACGGUCACUCACACCUUCUGCGGUACCAUCGAGUACAUGGCUCCGGAGAUCCUGAUGAGGAGCGGGCACAACAGGGCAGUGGAUUGGUGGAGUCUGGGGGCGCUCAUGUAUGACAUGCUGACGGGAGCGCCGCCCUUCACAGGAGAAAAUCGAAAGAAGACCAUUGACAAAAUUCUCAAAUGCAAACUCAGCCUUCCGCCUUACCUCACACAAGAGGCGAGGGACCUCCUCAAAAAGCUUUUGAAGCGAAACGCCUCGAUGCGACUAGGGGCGUUGCCAAGUGAUGCUGCUGAAGUCCAGGCCCACCCUUUCUUUCGCCACAUCAACUGGGACGAGCUCCUGGCUCGCAGAGUCGAGCCCCCUUUCAAACCUUUCCUGCAAUCGGCCGAUGACGUCAGCCAGUUUGACUCCAAGUUCACCAGCCAGACUCCAGUGGACAGCCCGGACGACUCCACGCUCAGCGAGAGCGCCAAUCAGGUCUUCUUGGGUUUCACAUACGUGGCUCCGUCGGUGCUCGAGAACGUCAAGGAAAAGUUCUCGUUUGAGCCAAAGGUCCGCUCACCUCGCAAGUUCACAGGAAGCCCGAGGACACCCGUGAGCCCGGUAAAGUUUGCAGGGGGAGAUUGUUGGCCCCGAGGUCCCACGCUGGCCGGCAGCUCAUCCCUGCUGUCGCCCAGCAGCGCUGCGGAGCAACCCAUGGAGGUGUCAACAAUGGAGCAAAUGGACACAAGCAGCAGCGGCGCGUCGGAAGCCUCGGCGCCGCUUCCCAUCAGGCGGCCGUCAGGCGUGAGUGCGGGACUGUACAAAAAACAAGUCUACCCUAUGAACUCCAAGCGGCCGGAACACCUCCGGAUAAAUCUAUGACGCGUGGCUUUCUUUUCAACACCUUAAUCACUUCCUCGCCCCUUAGAUAAAUACCGUAGAUCCCCGCCAUUUGAGAGGGUUCAGCUUCAAACCAAAUACCCACCUCACUCGUGGUGCGACCACAAAUAACACAUGAACCAACCAAACAGGUACCGAAAUAAAUGCUUACAAAACAAUGCUAUUUGAUACUGAUUUACAACCCGCAAGGCAUGCUGGGAGGCCCAACAGGAAGUUACCAAGCAUGCCUGGCAGGUUAUCAUUUAGCAUAAAGUAGUCAUAUACAUGUAAACAAUACUAUUUUAUACUUAUACCAUAUUAUAGUAUUUACAGUAUUGUUUUGCAUGAGUACUACUAUGCUGUACUAUCCUGGAAGGCGUAAUUGUUAUUUUUGGUUACGCAGUGAGUGAAGUAUACGUUUGGUUUGAUGAUCUGUUGGUUUGUGUUGCGUGUGUUUCCAACCAAGACUUUGAUCAAAAAUCUGCAGGUUGUGAAUGCUGAAUGGCCGGGGGGGGGGGGAAUCCACCGUAACGUCCAUCACCAGCUCUGUCGUCUGUUGGCCUCCAAAAUCAUCUGAGGUGCUUCUGGCUGCCCACGAGAGCUUCGUGAGAGACUUUCGUGUUUUAAUGGUGCUCUUCUUUCCUCAAGUUCAGACUUUUAUUUUAUUUUUUAUGAAACCCUCAAGUUUUAUUUGUGACUAGUCACAGUGAACACACAACUUUCGGGCAGGGGGGUGGGUACCGUCAGCAAGAGAGUGUACCAUGAUAGCAGAAACAUCAAUCGUGUUGGGAGGCACUGCUUAGUUUAUUUUUGUUGAAUGUAAAAAAAAAAAAAAAAAAAAAAAGGAAUGCCUUAGGGGGUUUAGACAUACAGUAUGUUUAUGUUUUACAUCUGAUGCAACUGACUUGAAUGCUAUGCUAGUGUGUUUGGGAGCCUCCGGAUUGAAGCCAUCUGAUUGCCCGCUGAUGUUAACCGUGUGUUUGAAUGAAGUAUGGUUCCACCUAAAUGUGGGGACUGAAAAUCUCUUUCAGUGGACCAAAUCCCUCCAUCCUAACAGUCCUAGAGGUUGCAUAGGGUGGAUCAGCGUUGGAUUGAUUUUGCUCCGAAGCAUUACAACAGACUCAACUGUGAAUUAGUUAUAUACAGCAUGACAUAUUAGCAUAUUUAUUUAAGAGCCAUGGUGUUCAUGAAUGGCUCACACUAUGCAAACUAGAUAUUUAUUGUGUAGUCUACCGGAGAAUAGAGUCAUGAAAAAUGAUUUACACUAAGGUCAUACAGCAAACGCAGAUGCAGCUUUUGUUUGUCAAAAAUUGGCAUCAGUGAAUGAUGUCUGUCUUAUUGUGACAUUUUUAGGGCAAUUUUUUGUUUUAUAUACUGAUCUUUGUUCUUGCUUGACACUUGAACUUUUUUUUUGAGCAGCCCACUGUGAAGCAAAAUGAAAUUGUACCUUGUGCCUGACAGAGUGCACGUGGUGUACUUGUGUCUUUAUUGGAUUGAGAGUUUGUGAAAUACACAUUCUGUUUUGUAAUUUUUUUAUUUUUUAAAUUUGCGUCAUCUUGAUUGAAAGUCAUGUUCUUUAUUCGGUCCCGGAUCACUAGCAUCUGUUUGGAAACAGUCUCCCAUUAGAAUGAGUAUGCAGUAUAGAUCAGGGUUCACCAACAUUUUUCCUUGUGAGAGCUACUUUUAGAAAAUGAAAAUGGCCACGAGCUACUCAUUUUUGUAGAAAUGAUUUUCAUACCUUAUUUCAACCCAAACAAAUCAAAUAUGCUUGUUUUACCAAAACAUUCACAAAAUGCUGGUAUCCACAACUCACAUUUUAUGUUUCAGAAUACAUUUCUUUCCAGUGUUCUCACAUUAUUAACUGAAAACCUGAAUGAAAAGCAGGCUUGCAGGCACCUAGUGUGGUCGUGGGGGGCUACCUGGUGCCCGCGGGCACCACGUUGGUGAACCCUGGUAUAGAUACUGUCCAAUGAUAGCAAGAUUUACCCACGUCCUUCUAUGUGUAUAUGAACAGUGCAUAACUUACAUCAGGUCGUACAGAACAGGAGUGUAACGUAGACGCCGUGUUAACCGUUGAGUCAUACGUCGACAUCACUGCCAUAUUGGAUGUGGUGAGAGAGCGUGGAAGAGCCCUUAUUCAUGGAUUUGUACCAACCGGUUUACAGUCCAAACGAGGUCUCUCUGGAUUACCUUUCACAGGUAAGGCUGAUAAAUACUUUUGCUUGUAUUUGGCCAUUAUAACAUCAUUUUACGAACAUAAUUUGUUGACUAUCUCAAUGAGGUGUUUGUUCCUUGUGUAUGGUGUGACUCCAUGGGAGUCUUUUUUGCACAUGCCCACUGUAACACUCGACAGGCGUGAAUGGAAUACUCGAUUAAUUUUUUUGACUCAAAACUCGAGUCAGUAAAAGCAACCGAGAUUGCCGUCACUAAUGCCAACUCAAAUUCAAGCGAGCAUCCGCCCUAGCUGCCGCUCAUAGGCUGAAUUACAGGAAAAGCCAGCCUGUUUAUGUCAAAUCAGAUCUUCGGUGGGGAGGAGUUAUUAAGCUUGUUGCACAUGUCAGCUAAUUUAUCCCACGAAGAGGAAGCCGCGGGACGUUUAAAACUACUUUCCAGCCAACUGAAACCGUAAUCGCUGCAGCGUGCCUCUAUUUUGCAUCCCUUUUCGAUGGGAAAUCUUUCAAUCUUCUGGCACAGAGUACAGAUGUUGUGAUGUUGGGAGAUCGGCUUGUCCGCGAAUGCACCUCGUCUGGAUUGAUGACAAAGUGGAAUUGCUUCUGUGAGUCAUCUUGGAGUAUAAGAUAACAACAUAUCAGGAGAAUGUCGACUGGGCAGCACAUGAAUGCUGCGUGGCCCAGUGGGAGACUGCAGAGACGGGCGCUGCCACAACUGUGCUUGGCAUCUGACACCACACUCCUCUGUGUAUCAGUGCCAGGGCUUCACUUAAUACCUUCCUGUCCACUGUUUUCACUUUAACACCCUGGGUUUUACUGUUUGACCUUAUGUGCUGAGCUGUCGAGAGAGGCCUGCGUUCUGUGAGGGAGAAACUCUUAGCAACUGAAAUGAAAAUGCCAGCAGUUUAAGCAGAGAGACCAAAGGUGAGGCAUGAAGUGGAUACAAGAAUAAUAGCAGAACUAUCAGAAUAAGGAAAGGAAUGGCGAUGAGGGGAAAGCCACACUAUUGGCCAUUACUCCCUUGGCCAAGGAAUGCCUCUGUAUCACGCUUGUAAAUGAUGACAUUGUGUGUAAUCGGCAUGACAGGUGCGUUAUGGAUGCAGCGGGAGAGGCACAAGUGAGCAAGAAACACAACUGAUGUUCAGAAAUGCAAAUGAAAUCUUUUGCUUUUGACAAAAUAAUGACAUUUGUCUUGAAUUGUCCAGUGCUGCUGUUAUUUGUCAUUGUCUGCUCGCUGAUUCAUGUGUUUUCUUUGGUGGGAAAAAAAGCAACGUUAAAGGAUAAUACAA